CUCUUGAGCGAGUAGGGCUGUGCGCACGGCCCCAAACGCAGACUUUUAGGUCCUCGUUGCUCUUGGGUCGGGUCCUCGCGCUGUGCGGGGAAGCGAUCUGGAGCAAUGGCGCUCGCUGUUCGAGUUGUGUAUUGUGGAGCUUGAGGCUACAAGCCCAAGUAUCUCCAGCUCAAAGAGAAGCUAGAACAUGAGUUCCCCGGAUGCCUGGACAUUUGUGGCGAGGGGACUCCCCAGGUCACCGGGUUCUUUGAAGUGACAGUAGCAGGGAAGUUGGUUCACUCCAAGAAGAGAGGUGAUGGCUACGUGGAUACAGAAAGCAAGUUUCGGAAACUGGUAGCCGCCAUCAAAGCUGCCCUGGCUCAGUGCCAGUGAGACCUGGAGGCAGGGUCCUGAGACCUCCUGGCAGCCGCCUUAUGACAGGAAGGACUGAAAUGUCUCAAAGACCUGUGGUCCUUCCUCGAUGCUCCUGCGGCCACCAAGUCAGGCCAGAGAUCGCCUCUGUGAGGGGGUGUGCCUCCCCAGAAUCCACCUGUGCACACACCCUGCCCUGCCCUUCUGCCCCCUUCCUCACCUCUCCCUGAAUUCCUCUGUGUCUCCCACCUACCUACCCUUUAGCCUUGGUUUCCCUUCUGCAGCUCAGACUGCCAAAUGUUCCCAGUUGAAUAAAAGUUGGAUGAGGCAACUUAA